GGUUCCUCUUUCUCUAGCCAUAUCUCCCCGCCCCCUUCCUCAACCCCGCAGGCCCUCAAUAUUCCUCGAAAUUCACAAUGACAGACUAUUCAUCCUCACCCCCGAUGGUCCAUCAUAUUGGCCGGGAGCAUGGCCAUCCAUGCUGGUCCCGACACAUCCCGCCCGUGCGGACCGUCUCGUCGGGGGAGACAGUCACCUUCGAUACCAUCGACAGCAGCAGCGGCCAGAUCACGCCGACCUCCGACGCCACGACGCUCCGAGAGUUCGACACCAGCCAGGCCAACCCAGUGUUCGGUCCCGUUUGGGUGCGCGAUGCCCAGCCGGGCGACGUGCUCCGGGUCGAGGUGAUCGCCCUGCAGACCGCUGACUGGGGGUGGACGGCCAUCAUCCCUGGCUUCGGCCUGCUGGCAGACGAGUUUCCCGAUGCCGUCCUGCGCAUCUGGCGUUUAGAUCCCGGAGCGCAGCGCAUCCGGUUCGGCGAUUCUGGUAUCUCUAUCCCGUUGCACCCCUUCCUGGGAUGCAUGGGUGUCGCGCCCGCCACUGACGAGGCCCUCUCGACGGUGCCGCCCACGCACGCCGGGGGGAACCUCGAUUGCCGCGAAUUGACGGUCGGAUCGGCGGUGUCCCUCCCCGUCCAAACGGCGGGGGCGCUGUUCAGCUGCGGGGAUGGACAUGCUGCGCAGGGGCACGGUGAGGUUUGUGGCACUGCCAUUGAGACGCCCAUGCGGGCGACGCUACGGUUUGUGUUGCACAAGGACCAGCCGUGGGUGACGACGCCGCACUACGAGACGCCGCCGCGGGGCCUGGAGGUGCAGAGCGACGAGACAGCUGGCCGGUAUGCGGUCAUGGGUAUCGAGGAUAACCUUCUGGAAGCGACGCGGGAGGCGGUCCGCGGUCUGAUCCGGUGGUUGGUCGAGACGAAGGGGCUGACGCGCACCGACGCCUACAUGCUGGCGAGCGUGGCGGGCGAUCUGCAGGUGGUGCAGGCCGUGAAUAUGCCCCAAUACUCUGUGUCGAUGUCACUAUCGCUGGGGGUUUUUAACGAGACGGGGAUGGACUCGGGCUAGAUAAUGGGGGCGCCUUUCAUGUGCGCGGUGAUGAGACUGGAAUCGUCCACUAAUUGUACGAGACACCCUCUCUCCCGAUCUGUGCCAUCCCCCCCGAAUCCGGUUGGGUGGGGGAAGAGGGACAACGCAUCGUGUACUAUAGCCAGUCUCUGGAAAGCUUAUAGAAACACGAGUCUAUUGUUCGCCCCCAUAAUGUAGGUGUAGGAUACUUGUCGCCCGUGGCGCACCGGACUCGAUUCGGCGUCGAUCGGACAGGAUCGAUACGAUCAUGUCCUUCGAGUAACAUGGUUACGAUUCCGUUUGUCGUCUUGUUACAAAAGCCGUCUCCUUGUGCCGGUCAACUGC